AUGGAUUUGAACUCAGUGCAAGAUCUCCAGGAUGUGCUCCGGCCCGACUUCUUCCAUGGCUACGCUACAGCAGCAGCCCAAAUAGAAGGCGCCUGGAACAAAGACGGCAAGGGCGUAUCCAUCUGGGAUACAUUCGGCCACACGCCGGGCAAAAUCGCCGAUGGAAGCACAGCCGACGACGCCGUCCGAGCUUACGACUUCUACCGGGAGGAUGUGGCGCUCAUGAAGACCUACGGCGUAAACGCCUACCGCUUCUCCCUCUCCUGGUCCCGUAUCAUCCCCCUUGGAGGCCGCGACGACCCCGUCAACGAGCAAGGCAUCAAAUUCUACUCCGAUCUCAUCGACGAACUCCUCCGCAAUGGAAUAACCCCUUUCAUUACCCUCUUCCACUGGGAUAUCCCCCAGGCCCUGGAAGAUCGGUACGGUGGCAUGUUGGACCAGGACGCCUACACGCCGGACUUCGUGCGCUACGCCCGCGUCUGCUUCGAGCGUUUCGGCGACCGCGUCAAGCACUGGAUCACGUACAACGAGCCUGGCGUCUAUACCCUCGCCGGGUAUGCAGCGGGUGUGCACGCGCCAGGAAGAUCGUCCUUCCGUGACCGCAAUGCCGAGGGAGAUUCCUCUACCGAGCCGUUUACCGUCGCGCACACCGAGCUCGUCUCACACGGUCAUGCCGUGCGCUUAUACCGUGAGGAGUUCCAGCCCCAGCAGAAGGGUACUAUUGGCAUCACACUGCAUGGAAACUGGUCCGAGGCGUGGGAUGAAGAGGACCCGCGCGACCAGGAGGCUGCAGAGCGUGCGCGCGAGUUUGAGAUUGCUUGGUUUGCGGAUCCGUUGUACAAGACGGGUGAUUAUCCUGCGUCGAUGCGGGCGCAGCUCGGUGACCGGUUGCCGAGGUUCACGGAGGAGGAAUCGAAGCUUGUAUUUGGGAGCUCGGAUUUCUAUGGCAUGAAUAGCUACACGACUUUCUUUGUGAAGCAUAGGACAUCUCCGCCUGAUAUCAAUGACCACAAGGGUAAUGUGGAGAUCUUUGAUGAGAAUAAACAAGGUGUGUCUCGUGGAGAGGAAAGUGAUACCCCGUGGCUGCGGGCGGCGCCCGGGGGAUUCAGGAAGUUGUUGAACUGGAUCUAUAAACGAUACCAGAUGCCAAUUUAUGUCACUGAAAAUGGUACCACCGCCAAGGGUGAAACUUCCCCCACGCCUGAGGUUCUCAAUGACGAGUUCCGCAUCAAGUUUUUUGAGGGCUAUGUCGGCAAUGCGUUGGCGCGGGCUGUCAAGGAAGACGGAGUUGAUAUCCGGUCUUACUUUGCUUGGACAUUCACUGAUAAUUGGGAAUGGGCCGCUGGGUAUGCGGAUCGCUUCGGUUGCACAUUUAUCGACUUUGAGUCCGCAGAGAAGACCCGGUAUCCCAAGCAGUCUGCCUAUUACCUGGAUAAGUUGUUCAAGCAUCUGAUUAGAGAUGCAAUCAGCAUGUCUGAAAACGAGCCAAUCAAGCUGAAACUCCAGGGAACUCCCCGAGAAAUCGGACUACAACAUGGCCGCGCAUUGCGAGAACAAAUUCACAGCCAGAUAUCCAUCUACGACACCAUGUUCCAGCACACCUCAAAUCUAGCCUGGAAAGAUGUGCGCGAAGUCGCAGCUGAAUUUCAGCCCACGCUCCGGGGCCUAACGCCUCAUUUGUUCACGGAGAUGGAGGCUAUCGCUGAGGGCGCCGGGUUAGAUGUGCUUGACAUAAUAGCGCUCAACUGCCGAAGCGAGAUAGCUCUAGGACUAUUCUCCGAUGGCUGCACGUCACUAUGCUGGAAGAAAAGCGAGGCGGCGCGAGUGCUCUCACAGAAUUGGGACUGGAAGACGACUGUCAAGAAGAACCUAGCCAUGGUAUCAAUUGAGCAGGUCGGAAAACCUACCAUCUAUAUGGUUACCGAGGCAGGAAUCGUCGGCAAGAUUGGGUUCAAUAGCAACGGCGUUGGAACUUGUCUCAAUGCUAUCCGCGCCAAACCGAUGAUAAGCAGCAAGGUCCCGAUCCACGUUGCGCUUCGGUUGUGCCUGGAGAGUACUUCCGUCGACGAUGCCGUGAAGACCCUCGAGUCUCUGGGUGGUGUCGCCUCUGCUGGGCAUAUCCUUUGUGCAGACAGUACCAAAGCCCUGGGGCUUGAACUAUCGCCCGUCGGAGACAAGCAUAUUCCUGAGGAUGCAUCAGGGAUUAUCGGUCAUACGAAUCACUUCCUUGAGAAUCGCUAUGUGAAUGAGCCGCCGUGGCUGUCUGGGUCACCUAUUCGGCUCAAGCGGCUGGAGGAGUUGACGCAAGGGCUAAUUCAGGACGGUGUGCAGGGUGAUGCUAUUACCCCUGGCUUGCUGCGAGAACGUAUCUUCUCUGACACGUAUAAUCAUCCCCAGUCAAUAUGUUGCGAGGAGGAUCCGUCGCGCCAUAUCUCGAAUAGGAGUAGUUCUUUGUUCAACAUUGUUAUGAACCUGGACCCGAAAGGGUCUAGGAGCGGAGGUGGUCUUUGGCCGGGUUGGGUCUGGAGAGGAAGGGCCUGUGUUGACAAUGCCCUGGUGAAUGUCAUGAAAGACGGCUGA